AUCGAAUAUUUCUUCCUUGUUUCAUAAAUGAAAAUAAACUAGUUAGUGUUCUGCACCAAACCGAGCAGAUAUAACAUGGAGUGGCAAGGACUAAUUGGAUUUAUCCUGCUGUUAAAUCAGUCGAUCAAAGCUGAACAAUUUACUCUAAGCAGUGACUCAACCCCAUGGCUUUUAUCAUUUUGCGAUCUUGCGGAACCAAGGCUUGCGUACAAGAAUGCACAUUUUGAGGUUGAGGAAGAAAUUGAUGUUUUAUCAAACACUGCGGAAGCUUGGUUAGGAUUCGUCUCGUUGAAAGUUCCAUUUUUAUUUCACGGUUGUGCACAAGUUCAUUUGCAAAAAACGUACAGCGUAACAAGCAUUGGCUACUGCCAGACUCUGUGUGGAAAUUACAGUCCCAUUGGAAUAAAGGCGCCAAAUGGCUUAGAUAUCUUUCACCAUGCAUCGCUAAAGGAAUGUAUCUGUUUCAAUACAUCGGUACAUGAAAUCCCACUUGGGCAUUUCGACAACGACCAAAAGAAUCUUUGUGAAAAAGACGGUUAUGCCAUCUUCACUCAAAUCAGUGUAAACGAUUCAAUGGUCAUCGAUCGUGGUACGGAACAUACUGGCGAUUGCCUUAGAUAUAAGAACCAAGGCUUCCAAUGGCAAUCAUGUGCCAGCGAAAGCAAUCUAAAAGUAAUAUGUAGCAAAAAGCCAACAGCAGAUCCGUCAGCUACAGCAUAUGUACCAACGAAACAAAGCAAUACUUGGAUCCAAGGAAAUAUAAUCUGUUUAAAGGAAAACAAGCAUCCAGCUUCCCUCUCGAGUAUUAUAGUAUCUGUGUUAAAUGCAGGUCAACAUCAAGAGCACUGGACAGGGAUAAUAAGAGAAGCCACCUUGAUUAAUAAGGCAGGCAUACGUUUGUUGGGACACACGAAGUAUUCGGAUGCUGAAUACGCGUUCGUAAAAGGAAGUGGAAAGAAGCUCCAUUUCGUAAAAACGGGAAAAAAGCAGGCCCUGUGUUUCGCAGGAGAAGCGACUACGACCAAAUCCAAAGAAGAGUCACCAGCUUUAAGGGCAGGCAUCGGCGUGUUGGUUGUCGUACUGGUUGUAGUAGGAAUAGGUUUUGCCGUAUUGAUGCUUCGAAGACGAGGAAUUAUUCCUGCUUGUUUGAAGAAUAGAGCCCCCGAUAGGACGGAUGAGAAGCAUGACGACAUGUUGCCAAAUGCAGCGUCAAAUGUAGCAAGGGUCCAUAAAACUGUGGUUAACCCUAACUACUUUGUACUUGAAAAACAAAACGAGUCAGUGAUCGAACAAAUCGAUCAUUACAACAGAACAGAGGAUCUUGAGAAUGACAUUAUUGAUGAGAACAUUUACCAUUCUAUUGAUGAUUCGGCGGCGGAACUGUGUGGAAACGUCAAAGGCGACUGUACUGAUUAUGAUUGCACCACUGACGGAGCCGCAACAUCGUGUUGUAUAAUCCAUGACAAUGUAUACCAUAAACUGAAGCUUUACCGCCAGGGUAACUAUGAACACGUCAAUGGAUCGUGUCAGAUUGAUUACAUCACGACAAACAACGAUUACGAUACGACUGCAACUCUAAAGGCGAUUAGUCCACGGGAAAACGACGACUAUGACCAUGUGGGCGGCAUGGGACAAGCACCUGCUCUCUCGUCAAGCGAUGACGAUUAUAGCUCAGCAGUGAAGAGCGCGGCGCAUGCAAGAGGCUCUGCUGCUGAAUAAGACAAGCCUGAUGACAGUCAUGGAAAAAAUUCGUUCGUCAAAGUUUAAGUAGUCAACGACAACAGAUCUAGGUUUGCCUCUAACAAAUACAACAACCCGCACGGUCGCGUGAUGUUACUGCAGGAGUUAUUCGCAUGUAUAUUUAAACGGAUUGUUGAUUUAAGAUAGUACCUAAGUACUCUAACAAUUAAUUUGAUUUGUAUCUAUCGACAUUAUUUGUAUCAUGCUUGUAAAUAGUGCAAGAUUGAAAUGUGGGUCCAUUAUGUUACCAGCAAGUAAAACCAUGCAAACACACAGAGGAAUUUUACAUAAUUUUUAAGGCACCUCAGCACACAUACUUUCUAUGGACAAAUAGCUUAUUCUCUAAUGUGUUUAAUAUUGAUACUUUUGGACGAAUUUUAAACUAGGUUUGCAUACAUAAUAUUAUUUUGAAUCGCAAUUUAAAGCAAACACAUUUUUUUGUACAUUUCCCAACAGUAUGGGGUUACACGGUAAAUGGAAUAGAUUAACCGUGUUGUAUGUUAAAUGGAAUAUAAAUUAAAAUUAUGCUCAAUAAAAUGUGAGGUGUAAUAUUUUUGCUGCAAUUGAAAAGGAGAUUUGGCUAGUCAUUACUCAUGCACAUAAUAAUUCACU